CUGGACCCCGAACAGCAUCCUUCGCUGUCAGAACCCCUGAGACCCGGAGCCGGGCUCUGCCCCGGUCUUGUCACAGAAACCGAACGCAUCCAGCGACUCCUCUGAGUGUCCAUAGUUUGCUGUCAGAUUCUCUAUGCUGGUCAUUCCCGAAUCUGAAAGGAUUGAGCGUGUUUUGUGGAUUUCCUCCUUGUUGAUGACACACACAGCAGCAUAGUUAUGGCGACUUCCCAGCAGCUCAGGAACAGUUACUUGAAGAUGAGAGCGCCUGUCAGAACAAGCUUCAGUGAAGAUGUGUUCCAGUCUGUAAAGUCUUUGUUACAGAGUGAGAAGGAACUAUGCAGUGUAGCACCAGAGGGCAGUCUAAAGCAGGAUGAACAUGCCAAUUUAACUGAGGUCACAUUUCUUAGUUUUAAUGAAGAAACAGAUACUGCUCAUAUACAGGAUUUAGCUGCUGUGUCUUUGGAACUUCCGGAGCUUCUGAAUUCACUCCACUUCUGCAGCCUAAAUGAAAAUGAAAUUAUUUGUACGAAGGAUAUAAAUAAAUCAUCAGAUAUUAGCAAUGAUUCUCUACAUCAGAGUCAUCAUUCUGGAAUGCUUUGUGUCAUGAGAGUGUCACCUACAUUACCAAGACUCAGAAUUGAUUUUAUCUUUAGUCUCCUAAGUAAAUAUACUACUGGCAUAAGAUACACCCUGAACACAUACUUGAAUCCAAAUCACCAACCUGAGACAACUGAUGAAGAUGAUGAUACUAACCAGUCCGUGUCUUCUAUAGAGGAUGACUUCGUCACAGCUUUUGAGCACUUAGAGGAAGAAGAGACUUCAAAACUGUAUAAUGAUGGAAUAAAUGUUAUUGCAUUAAGGAGCCAGUGUGAUGCUGCUUCUCAGACUAUUUCUGGUCACCAUUUAGAAAACCACGAUUUAAGGAUUCUGGUUAGUUCUGGACAACAGAAGUCAUUGACUAAACCUUCAACCUCCUUAAUAAAUGUUCUGGAACAUAAAGAACUACCUUCUGUGAAAACUUCAGUCACAACACCGAUUUCAGAGCCUUGGAUCCAAAGGAGUUUCUACAGAUCUUCUAAAGCUUCUGAGAAAGGCAGUGACAUACAGAAAACCUUUUUGUCUUCUUCACCUGCUUACUCCUCCGAAUCAGAAUGUUCAAGCCCAAGUCCUGUGAUUUUCUUGGAUGAAGAAGGAUAUCAAAAAAGUUUAAAGGCUAAACUUGAGCUGCCUAAAAUACCUGUGAUGAAAGAUGAUAUUGAAGAUUCAGACUCGGAAGUAAGUGAAUUUUUUGAUAGUUUUGAUCAGUUUGAUGAACUAGAGCAAACCUUAGAGACUUCUUGUCUGUUUAUAAAAGAUCCUGCUAUAGGAAAGUCAUCACAAAAGAAAGCGCAGAAACAUGAAAAGUCUUGUAUGAAUCCUCAAAAGUUCGAUCGUCCAGCCCUGCCAGCUAACGUUCGAAAGCCUACUCCUCGGAAACCGGAAUCUCCAUAUGGUAAUCUGUGUGAUGCUCCAGAUUCUCCUCGCCCAGGGAAGGCCUCAGGAGAAGACAGUGGUUUGUUCAGUCCUAUUCGUUCUUCUGCUUUUAGUCCUCUUGGAGGCUGUACCCCUGCUGAAUGUUUCUGCCAGACAGAUGGUGGAGGAGAUAGGCUUCAUGAGAAUCAUGAUUCCAUUUAUUACGCCUAUGAAGAUUAUGCAGAUAGUGUUUCGUGUGGAGUGCUGGACUCAGUUCUUCAUACCCAUCACGGUCAUUCACUAUCAAACAUCAAUGUUAUUAAAAGGGGAGAAAAUAAAACUGUAGCUCUUAAGCAUGGAAACCUUGACCAGCAAAGUAAAUCUAGAAACAAAUCAUUAAUGAUUAAAGAUAGUAUUCAGAAAUUUGCAGCAGACCUUGUGGAAAAAAGUUUGGGCAGUGCAUUUAAAGAUUUGCAGAAAGGACUCUCUUCGUGUACCAAUGCCUUGUGCCACUUAGCCAUCAAAUUGACGUCAUCCGUUUUUCAGAUGGCAUUUAAUGAACUGAGAAGACAACGUGCAUUUUCACUGAAAGAACGUGCCAUUAGUGGCCUGGCUAAUUUUUUGGUGAGUGAAGCUUUAGCCAAUGCCUUAAAAGAUUUACAGUAUGUAAAGAAGCAGAUAUUCACAAACACAGUUGCUAGGUUUGCUGCAGAUCUUGCUGAAGAGCUUGUUUUUGAAGGCAUCAUGGAAGUGUGUCAGUUUUCGUAUCCGCCAACACCUGCAUCUCCACAAUUUAAGUCAUUUGACUUUGAAAACAAAGUAGUGAAGUCGUAUGCAAGAGAUUUGUCUGAAUCUGUAAUACAGGAAGCCUUCAUUGAACUAUCACAAGUUGAUAUGACCUUCGCAACCAAGGCAGCAGUUAGUGUUUCUGUGGAUAAUGUCAAGUAUGUGAGUGCAGAAAGCGUAGUGCCAUCAACACAGACCUUCACAGUUUCUCCUUUCAACAACCAAGCAACUAUGGUGACGAAACCAACACAGGACUAUAAGAAGGAAUACACAGUGCAGCAGGCCUUGUUUUGUACUUCUGGAAUUGUUACUUCUAUACCAGUGCCCUUGGCAGGAAGUGCCCUUCUCCCAUAUCAUAUUUCAUCUGGAUGCCAGGCGAAGUCUCCUCUGUCCUCUGAUGGUAGUAAUUCAAAUGGUGAUCCUACCUCAGCAAAUGUUGCCACAAAAAGCAAAGGAGAAGAAGUAGCUUGUCUAAGAGAUACUUGUUUGCCUUCAGAACACAAUCCUCCUAACCAGAAUGAUUUUAAAACAGCUAAUGAUGAUGUUGAAAUGCAGAGUUCUUCAAAAUUAACAAGUGUUCCUGUGAUUAUUAGCAACUUUUCUUCAGCAAUGGCGCAUACAUUAGUAAAUGAAACCUUAGAGUCAGUGGCAUCAUUUGAAGUUACAGAAACAGUUGUUGAAUACGAUGGUUUAAAUAAAGCAAUAGAGGGAAGAACUUCUCCUUUGUCCCAUUGUGAACCAGCAACGUCGCGACAGAGUGAAGUCAGCAGUAGGGACGUGUUUGCUGACUGCUUAUCUAAAUCUAUUAUUAAACAUUCCAUAGAUGAAAGCAAAUCAGUGACCCCAAAUAGAGAUAAAACCGUAUGUAAGGAAGGCAUACCAAUUCCUGGAGAAAAACUACAGUUGACUUUCCAGAAGUUCCCCAAAUUUCUUGAUGUUCAAGAUCACUUGACUGACUGUUCACUUUCAGUUGGAAAGGAUUGUGCUCUAGAACAUAAAGGUUCUAUGGCUCAUGGAUUUCCUUUGGAGACACUGCCAACUUAUCCAACCACGGCAGGUCAGAAACUUGAUUUGACAGAACUUGCUAAGGAUAAAACAGUGAAAAAGCAUAAUGUGAAGAGUACAGCACUUGAGCCCUUGACUUUUGGGCAGGAAAAUUCCUUUCCUCAUUCACAUGCUUUCUCGUCUUCAGUGCUUACCUGUGUAGAUGGCUUUCAUGUGGAAGACAAGCCAAAAAUCAGAGACAGAAAUGUAAUACCUGACACUCCUCCGUCGACUCCUCUGCUACCAUCCCAGGCCAGUUCUGAGUGGGAUAUUAAGAAGUUAACCAAAAAGCUGAAGGGUGAAUUAGCCAAAGAAUUUGCACCUGCUACGCCACCUUCCACACCUCACAACUCAUCUGUUGGUAGUUUGUCUGAAAAUGAACAAAAUACCAUAGAGAAAGAAGAGUUCAUGUUGAAACUCAUGCGGUCUCUUUCAGAAGAAGUUGAAGGUAGUGAAGAUGAAGAGCACCCACAAUUGGAUGUGAAGUCAGAGCACUUGGGGAAGAAAGUUCAAUUUGCCGACGGAUUAGCUACACACAUCAUUUCUGUGGCAACUGAAAUGGCAGCUUCCCACUUAGAUAAUAAAAUAACUCAAGAACCCAAGGGUGAAUGUGCUUACUUGGAUGUGCAGAGUCAAAGAAAUGCAUCGCCUACUUUUUUAAAUUGCUCAGCUGAAAAUUUGCAAACAUUGUGCAGCUUUGCAGGUGAUAUGGCAACGGAAGUCAUUACAGAAGCUGAGAAAAUUGCAAAAGCCAGACGUUGCAUGCUUUUUAGGCAGAGGAAGAACAGUUGUUAUCUUGAUGGUGACCGAGAUUAUCGAUCAGAAGAGAGAUUAAAUAUGGACGUUAUAGCACACCCAAGAGAAGUGGACCCAUUUCUUCUUUCAUUACCACCAAGUUCUUGUAUGUCAGGGCUGACGUAUAAGUAUCCCAGCUGUGAAAGUGUGACAGAUGAAUAUGCAGGCCACAUUAUCCAAAUACUAAAACAGGAAGGUGGUAACAGUGAGUUAAUAAUGGAUCAGUAUGCCAAUAGACUUGCUUAUCGAUCUGUUAAGUCAGGAUUACAAGAAGCAGCUAAGACAGCCAAAGUGAAGUGCAGUGCAACAGUGUUCCCUGUGCAGAGCUCACAGGUGAAGACAAACAGUGAGCUGCUAAUGCUGUCAAAUAAAGAGCACCGUCAAGAAAUAGAUAAAGAAAGACAAAGUAAAAGAAAUGGAAGUUACCUUUGUAAAGCUCACACUUGUGAAAGGACACAGGAUGCUUACAGAAGCGAGUGCUCUGAACUGUGUAGUUUUUCAGCCUCUCUUGCUCACAGGAUAGCAAGAGACGUUAAAAAAGAACUGACAGAAUCCGCAGUUGGCUUGCCAAAAUCCUCAACAGAGCCUUGCCUUUACGACAAAUCGGUGUGUGUUGAAGACACUGAGCAUCGCAUUGAACCAGAAUUUCCUAAAUCUCCUAUGCCUUCCUCUCAGCAUCACAGAUUUUACCAAAGAACAGGCAGUGUUACUGGACAUGGUUGUGGAGAGAAUGUUGUUCAAGCUAUAGAACAGUACGCUAAAAAAGUGGUGGAUGACACUAUAGAGCUAAGUUUAGGAUCUGCAGUUUCCCAAGUGUCUGAUGCCACGAGAUCAGCAGAUAGGCUCACUUAUGCUGAAAAGCUGUCACCACUUAUAAGUCGAGUUUGCAGAUACUGUGACCUUAAAGAACUUCAUGAUUGCACCGGAAAUUCAUCUCAGCACUUUCCCAGACAGAGUUCACUUUCUUGUAGGAAGCCAAUUUCAAAUUCAAAAUUUAGCAGUGUCUAUCAGAAAUCAAAAAUUUUUCAUCUUGAUGUUCCUCAAAUUCACGUUAACCUUGAUAAGAAGACGUUGCUUGCUGAGAAGAUAGUUGCUGAAGCAAUUGAAAAAGCUGAGAGAGAGCUGAGCAAUGCCAGUUUGGCAGCUGAUAGUGGCAUUGGGCAAGAUGGUGUUAGCUUUGCUGAAAGCCUUACCACAGAAAUAAUGACAUCAGCCAUGACAGAUGUUGGCCAGGCUGUUAGCUGUUCAAAAGAGAUAGAAGACUUUCAGUCAACUGAGUCUUUUGUUAGCCAGCAGAUGAAUCUCAGUAUUGGUGAUGACAGCACUGGUAGCUGGUCUAACUUAAGUUUUGAGGAUGAACACCAAGACGAAAGCAGCAGUUUUCAUCAUCUGAGUGAAAGCAGUAAUGGUAACAGCAGUAGCUGGAGCAGUCUUGGUUUAGAAGGAGAUUUGUAUGAGGACAAUUUAUCCUUUCCAACAUCAGACAGUGAUGGACCAGAUGAUAAAGAUGAGGAGAAUGAGGACGAUGUAGAAGGUUUGGGGCAAGAAGGAAAGACUCUGCUAAUCACAAAUGUUGACAUGGAGCCAUGCACCAUAGACCCCCAGCUAAGGAUUGUUCUGCAGUGGCUUGUUGCCUCUGAGGCUGAAGUUACAGAACUUUAUUUUCAUGACUCUGAAAAGAAGGAGUUUAUACAACUUUCCAAACGAUUACAAGAAAAAGGAUGCAAAGUGGGAGACCUUCUGCAGGCUGUGCUUAAAUAUUAUGAAGGGAUGGAAAACACUUCCAGUGAGGAGAAAAGCAAGUCACUGUUUGAUUGGCUCAUGGAAAAUGCAUAGAAGAAAUGCAUACACCCCAAACCAGUAUAUUUUACUGCUUGUUUUGGGAGAGGGGAAAACAGAUAAAGAUGCUUAGGAUGAAAUUUGAAUAGUAAAUAUUAACAUUUUAACUGAAUUGGGAGGAAAGUUAAUAACAGCUUUUUAAGUGCUUUAUGUCAUCACACGAUGUAUAUAGUUCAUACUUUUGUAAUUUCUGUCAAAAUAGUACCUUCAGUUAUUCUUCUGUACACAUGUGCUGUGUGUUGAGACCCUAAGAAUAUGUAUGUGAAGGCAGGUCUGGUGGGAGCUUUUUGGGCGUUGUCUUAACAGCGUUCUUGUGCAUCUAAAUUGUGCUGCUAGGAACUCUACUGAGGUGGCUGAGGAGAGGGUCCAGUGAUGGUGUUAGUAAUUUGCCCCUUUGCAAACAAAUGGUUUCCAGUUAAUAACUAGUCUGACAUCAGAAUACAAAUCUGAGGCUAAUUUUUGUUUCUGAUAGAUUUAGUCUUUUUGUUCUGCUUUUGAAAAUCAGUUUUAUUUUCAUAGUUCAGCUGUAGGAAACUUUGUGAUUCCUCUUAACUAUUUAAAGCAGAAACAUUGGUAGUUUAGAUUUCUGUAAACACCAUCAGUGAUAGUUUCUCUGGCCUUUCAUGCAGUUAUCUUACUUGCCAAUGAUGCCAAUCCUUCUGGUGUGGAAGUGUGUGUGUGUGCGUGUGUGUGUGUAAAGGUACUUCAGCCUUUACUAGUGGUUUGCUCCCUCGUUUUUUUUGUUCUUUUUCUAGUUAAAAAUCUGCUGUGCUGUUAAUAUUAAAAAGGUGCUUUAAAAGGAAAAUGUCUAUAAAGAUUGUGCAGUAAGAAGUUUUUUUUUUCCUUUUUGACAAUUUUGGAUCCCCAGCUUAUCCUGUCGAUGAAAAUUCAAGUUGCAAAACAUGUUGAAAUUUUAAUAUUUAAUUUUAAUAUAGAAGAGCAUUUAAAGAAGCCCAAGAGUGACUUUCAUUGUUGGAUUUUUGAGAAAAGCUCUUCAUUUUACCAAGGAUAAUUUUUUUCUAAAAAUAUUGGGAUCCCCUUCUACCUCUGUCCAGCAGAUAGAAUUUAUUUGCGGUUGUGAAGUUCUCUGAUGUGGUCUCUCUCUGCUCUGCAUUUUUCCUACUGCUUUGUCUUUGGAACCUGCAAGCUGACGUGACUUGGUGACCAGGAUUAUGUCUCUGUUUUGUGUGUAUGGAUAUCUCUAUGUACAUUUCUGGUUCUCCCACUAGUGGAUUUUGUAAUGUAGGAUAAGUUGCUUUUCCUGGGGCUUUGAUUUUUGCUCCACCAUGUUUUCUUUUUUCCUGAGCACUGACUAUAGAGGCCGCACAAAAUAUAGAAGACACAGCACCUGCCAGGGAGUAGGGAAUAAAGGCACUUACAUUACAUGUGAAUUAAUAAUUAUACUAGAGAAACGUAAUUUAUAGUAAAAGAUUCAAAUUUGCUUUUUAAGAAAAAUCCCCAAAGCUAUUUAAAUAUUUGGUGGUUACACUGUAAGCUUUGAUUUAUCUCAAUUUAAGAUACAGAAAUAAGACUAUACCUUAAACGUCGAUUUUCCUAAAAUGUCCUCAAGUAUUGUUUAAGGUGGAGAGAUAUAGGGAAUAUAUAAUCAGAAUUGUUUCUGCCUUUAGCUUUUCAGAACUUUUAAGCUGUGACAGCAUCAAGGAGGGGUAUUUAGAUGAUAGGACUAGGCAUGUUGCUCUUGUUAAUUAUAACAUGGAUUAAUUGAUUAUUAAAUGUAGAGUAUAUUUUUACAAGUAUCUAACUUGUUGAAUUUGUUGCUCUUGUUAAUUAUAACAUGGAUUAAUUGAUCAUUAAAUUUAGAGUACAUUUUAUAAGUAUCUAAUGUCAAAUUGUGUCUAGUAACUUGGGUUUGAUUAACAGCAAAACUGAGUUCUGAAUUUCUUUUAUACUAAAGUGACAGUACAUUAGUUUUGUAAAACUUUCUGUGCUUGAGAACGUUUUUUAUGUUAAUGACUUAAUCAUUUUUAGGUAAGGUUUGCCUCAUGUUCUUACUUCCUUUGCAUUUCGCUGGAUCUGUGCUGGGUUUAGAGUUCCCUUAUUUAACCACUACAUAAUGACAGAUGAGUCACUAGGCAUUAGCAUUCGUGGUUAAAAUAAUCAUGGAACUCCACACUGAGGAAAUUCAAUGCAGGGGCAGAGACCUUGUGGAAGGGCCUUGACAUGGUGGCAGAUGUGAAAAGAAGCUUGAGUUAAGCUUCCUUAUACAGAGAGCAAACAUUUAAAUUUAAAGCAGUAUCUUACGUAGAGUCUAAACUUUCUUUAAAGGCACUUUGUAUUUUCCCAAAGACUUUCCAGAUCUGUUUGGUUGCUCAGUCUGUGGAGGACAGCUCUGACUUUAUUACAAAUCUGCUUGAUGUGUUUAUAUUGUGGCAUUGUAAUAUUGCCAUUCUACACAUUUUGGCUCCAUGAAAUAUGUCUUAUUCAGUACUGUUAAAGUUGUGAUGUGCAUUGAGCUGAAUUCUGUUUACCAGUUUCAAAACCAUCCUGUGAUCUGUGGAAAGGAAGUAAGACCUCUGAAAUGGGGUUUUCAGAGCAUUUAUUUCAGAUGAAAUGCCAUGUUCUUUUCUUAAGCCAACUUUAAAUUACAUUUAUAUUUUUGGUAUUAUGAUGUUGAUUUUGAAAAUAUUUCCUGAUUUAUACAAAAGAAGUGACUUAUUUACAAAUCAAAAAGAAAAUGACUGUCUCUUUGGUGUUUGAUAUGACUUAAUGGCAUUCGAAAACCUUUGAGAGUGUUCACUCAGUGAAUAUAUGUAGAACAUCUUUAUAUUCUGAAUAGUGUUCCACUGAUCCUUUCAGACAUUUGAUAUGAAUUCAGUUUUGCUUAAAUAAGGAUUUUAUUUGCUGUUAGAAUUUAAUUAAGUGUACUUAUGUAGAAAGUGAAAGUUUACUUAUUUGAUUUUUUUUUAGGUGAUUUUGACAUUAGUACACAUUUCCCAAAUGUACAAUUUAAUCUUGAUUUCUUAUCAGAGUCCAGACUCAAAUGUCUACUUAUAAAUGUAUUCUUCCACAGUACUAUUGUCAGUUUCCCUUCGGUAUAUCACUGAAAAUUUUAUGUCUCCAAAGGGAACUUGCCAUAGACUUUUUUUUUUUUUCUAAUGACACAUCCAUACUCAGGGUGUAGGAAAAAUAUGUUCCAUUAAAACCCUAUUCACCUGUCACCAGCACAAGAGAAUGAGAGCUUUAAUGGAAAUCAGAAAAAUUGUACUAAAGUGAAAUGCAUUUUCUUCUCAUUUUCAGCAAAAACCCUGUAAGCAUUUACUCAUUGACUGUAUUCCUGCUCUGAAGAUGCAGAUACAGUGUUAGUCACUCACGUCACUUUAUUUAUUUAUUUUUUUUACCAUCCAUGUACAUUCCUUUCAUUUGGGUAGUAGUUGUAGUUCCAGGGCUUUUGCUUUGUUUUUGUUGUAAUGUUUGAAUUCUAUUUAAUAUCAGGUUCUAAUAUUGCUACCUUUGGUUCCUUGUGCAGUGUUAAAAGUAAUACACAUUCUUGUUUCAUACACCAGAUAUAUAACAAAAGCAGCUUUGUGUAACUAUAGCUGUUUAUUUGGCUAUGCCCAGUUACUACAUUAAGAUCUCAUACUGUGUAACGUAACUUUGGUUUGCUUUUCAGUAAUUUAAUAUGUUCUCUUUCCAAAAUAUGAACUUCAAGAUUCACUAAAGUUUUGUUUUAGCAGUGGUUCAAAAAUUCACAAAUUGCUUUUGUAAUAAUUUGCAGUUAAUUAUUCCUUUAUCUUACAAUUGUUUAAGCCUGUGAUCUUUCCUCUCCCAACUAAGAAUGUUUCAAUAAAUAUAAGAAAUGCCUAGGUGUGGUUUU